UUUUACCAGUGACCCUGACGGGGUCCUAAAACACGCAAGCACUCAAGUAAAUCAACUGUGGAGAUUAAGACAGACAAGACAUGCUGCUUUAGGUGCAAAAUCUACAAUAUCCGAAAAUGGCUCUGAUGGGAAUUCAGAUGGUGGUCAGCCUCCUGGUUGCCAGUGUCAUGCAGAGAAUGGCUCCACAUUGCUCCUUUGCUCGUUGGCUCCUGUGUAAUGGCAGCCUUUAUCGAUUUAAGCAUCCAUCAGAAGGCGAGCUUUGUGCCCUGGCGGGAAAGCAGGUGCCCAGACCCAACAAGAGAGAGAGAAGGAAUAAUGGUGUCCAGGACAACAAACCCCUGACCGUCCCAAAAGAUAUAGACUUGCAUCUGGAAGCUACACCAAUCAAUGCCCUGGAUGCGCUGGUGCUGCGUUUCUUCCUGGAUUACCAGUGGCUCGUGGAUUUUGCCAUUUAUGCGACAGGCAUCUAUCUCUUCACUGAGGGCUACUACACAUUGGUGGGCUCUAGUAAGGAAGUAAAUGUUGGUGCCAUCUGGUGCUUUCUGACUGUGGUUUUCUCCUUAAAAGCUCUGCUGACACUAGUGAGCCACUAUUUCCGCUCAGAAGAAGGUGGUGAGAGGUCUGUGUGCCUCGCCUUUGCCUUCCUGUUGCUUCUGCUUGCCAUGUUAGUGCUGGUGGUGAAGGAGGACUAUCUGGAGUUUGGCCUAGAGCCGGGUUUUGCAAGUGUGUUUGAUAACCUGGAGAUUUUUCUGAGGCAGCAGGGGCAUGAGUGGUCCUUUCCUUUCACAAAGCUUACUGUGAAGCUGGCGCUGGCUGCUCUCUGCUCAUUCAUCGGUGCCCUGCUCACUUUUCCUGGACUCCGCUUGGCUCAGACACAUCUGGAUGCUCUCAAGAUGACUUCCAACAGACCCCUCAUCCAAAUCCUCCUGCAUGUCAGCUUCAUCUCACCUUUGGCUGUUGUCUUGCUUUGGGUGAAGCCAUUAGCCCGGGACUUCCUGCAGAAUGCGCCAAUGGGCAAGCAGUCUGUCACGCUGAUGUCAAGCUCAACGUUUGACUCGGUAAGACUGUGGGUGCUGGUGGCCACAUGCCUUCUGCGCCUCAGCGUGACUCGAAUCCACUUGCAGGCCUACCUUAACCUGGCAGAGAAGUGGGUGGAGCAGAUGAAGAAAGAGGCUGGCCGCAUCGCCACUAUUGACAUCCAAAGGAAGGUAACCCGUGUCUUCUGUUAUCUGACUGUUGUCACUCUGCAAUACCUGGGACCCAUCAUGCUGCUGCUUUUCUCAACGCUGUUGCUGAAAUCCAUGGGUGACUACUCGUGGGGCUUGGCGUCUGAAACAGGGGGCACCACUCCAGCAAUUUCUUCUCCUGUUACACCACAACCUGUGGGUCCAACUGAGCAAGGGGAGAUGGAGGAAGACAUCCAAGCAACUGCUGCUCAUGUUCUGGACACUCUGUCUAGUCUACGCAGUGUAUUUACCCCUGUCUUCUACCGAGGUCUCUUUGCCUUCUUUACUUGGUGGGUUGCAGCUUGUCAGGUGGUUACCAGCCUAUUUGGCAUCUACUUUCACCAGUACCUCGUGCAGUCUUAGCCGCAGAUAAUUCAGCAGAGAGGUCCUAAGACACAUUUUCCACACUACCAUGCUGGGGUCUGGUCCUUUUUUUGUUCCCCAAUUUGGACCUUGUUGGAUUGGGAGAUCAAUCAGCAGAAAGACUCUGAAGGAUCCAGCAUGUGGAUGAUGUCCCCUUGAAGCAUGUGCCUCUUGGGUUGGUUAUGUACAGAUGUCUGCGUUUUUUAGAUUUCUACGCCUCUUCUUCAUUUUGCCUUCAUGGACAUAUGAUGGUGGUGCCGGGGCAGUGCGCACUGGCCCAUUCUGAACUGUUUUAUUUAUUUUGUUGAAGUAUUUCUGAAAAUGUUUAUGUGGACUGUCAGUGCCCUGCAGGGAGGUGGUCCGGCUUGUUGUGUGCAGAGGAAUGUUGGAACAAGCAUGAAAUUGAUGAAUAAAAUAUUUUUCAGAAAA